AUGCCAACACCAAUUUCAAAUCCAGACCCAAUACCAUUAUUUCGACCUUCUAAAAAGCGCAAGAUUUAUAGACAACGACAUCAGGAUGAUAAUGAUGAGAUAAAAACCGAAAUCUCCACAAGCGCGCCCGCGCCAACGGCAGCAGCUAUACCCACAGAACAAAGUCUAGAUGAACUCAUUGCUUCGAAUUCAAUUCCUAUCAAAAAAGAGGAGGGAGAUGAAGAAGAUGGAAUGGAAGAAACGUCCCUAAAUAUAUCAGAAAUUCUACGUCUGCGAAAACAACGAAAGAAAAUUGGAGGGGUGGAAUUCAAAGCCGAAUCUAAAAUUCGAGAUGGGAAUGACGAUGAGGGAAAUGGAGAUACGCUGGUGAGAUAUGAAGAUAAAGAUGCAGAGGAAGCACAACCCGAAGGCGGACUUUCAUUGCGACGAUUUGCGCCGCAGAUGGGAGUAGUGGGGAGUGGUGUUGAUAAACAUAUGAUGGCAUAUAUAGAAUCGAAACUCGGACAUACAUCUCAAUCCGUUGAUUCUCCAUUUACAAAUCCUCAAGCAGGGACUUUGAAGAAGGAGACUUCUACAACUCAAUCUAAAGAAUCUCAGAGAGCACCUACUACAAUGGGUCAAAUUCUCGAGAUAGAUCUGGGAGAAGAAUCAAGAGCAAGAAAUGCAUAUCGAACAGAACUAGCUCGCAGAAAAGCAGCAGGAGAAAUUAUCGACAUCGAAGAAUCUACACAACCUCUCCCCAAGCCUCGUCUUGGGCGCGAUGGGAAACCCUGGCGUGGUCGCAAAAGAAGAGGAAGCGAUGAUAUCCAACGCGAUGCCCUCGUGGAUGCCAUCCUUCAUGAAAAUCGUCUCGAGAUAUAUGAGCCCGUACCUUCAAGUAAGGAAACGAAUAACGCGGCAGGACAGGCCAAUGAUGAAUUGGUCGAAGAAUCAUUCCGCAAGAGUUGGGAAGAGGCUAGUUCCCAUGCAUCUUUGCAGAGACAACAACAAAUGUCUGAAAAAGCGGCAAAGGAUAAGAAGAAAGGAGCUCAGGAUAAGACGGAGGAGGAAUUGUAUAUGAAAGGACCGAAGUUGGGCGGAAGUAGGAGUGCUAGAGCUGCGAUGAGGGAAUCGAUGUUGAAAGGGAAGGCGGUAAAGAGGUAGAUGAGGGGAUACAUCGACUUUUAAAUCGAUGGGAAGGUCUUAUCAGUGGGUUACGGACAUUGCUUCGUAGGGUGCAAAAAGGAAAAUGGAAGAGGAAUAUAACUUGGUGUAUAUUCACGUAAAGGUCGCGAAUCUGCAAGUGCACCAUCUUUCUGAUUAGUUUGUUUAAUAUUUUCAUUUCUAUUGCAAUUAUGUACUCUCCAGUCGGCUGAAGGUGUAUUUAUUACGAAGAGUAAUCAAUCAUAUUCAUCAUCCUUCCCUUCCGGAACUUGGAAGAAUCAUACAAAUGCAAUUCAAGGAUCGAGACUCUUCUAAUCUUCCAAACCGAAAGAAAAACCCUCGAAAUAUUCAGAUUGAUACAGAUGUAUUUCCUACACAGAUAAACAUCAUAAGGUUAAUCUUAUACACAAUUAAGUCUUUCCUUAU